CACAUUAGAUAUAAGAUGUGUUUAAUAGCAAAAUAUAAAACAAUAUAGUUCACUUUCGAAAGUCGGUUGUCUAACAAUUGUUAUUAUAUUUUGUUUAAUCGUUAAAACUAUAUUAAUAUUUAUGUAUGUGUUUUGUUUAAAAUUUUCAAUAAAAUAUAACUUAUUAUUAAGUUUAGUUUAAGAUAUUUUGAUUUAAACAAAUGCAAUUUGUGUCACCCUACAAAUACUAGUCUAUUGCUACAAAUAUAGUUGAAGAAAAGAAAAAAAAUCAUUAAAAGAAGAGAGAAAUAACACCAUAAAUAGAUCAUUAAUUAAUUUUUUUUAUAAAAAAUUUGUCAUGACAACUUGUGAAUUCCCCAAGUGCUUAUGUUACAAUAAAUUGCUUUUGAACAAUCAUAAUAUAUAAUAAGAUAUCAAUAAAUUUGGUAUGGUAUUCGGUAAUAUCCUGAAUAUCUGUACCAAAUUUCCAGCCCGAUAUUAUGGGUUCCAUUCUCCGUCUAGAAUCUAGGGGUGUUCAAACGGUGUGGGUACCAUGGUAACCGUUUUAACCAGUACUAUUUGGAUAAUUUGGUUUGGUUAAUUUGGAUAAUUCGUUUGGUUUGGUUAAAGUUUUUUAGCUUGUUUGGUUUAGUUGGUUUGGUUUGGUUUCAGACACUCCUAACCAGCCAAACCAAAUUAACCAGAUAAAUAAUUAGUUAUAUAUCUAAUAUAUACACAUACUUAAUACUUUGAAUAACCACUCAAGAGUUAAAAGUUGAUCCUUUUAGACUCAUAAAAUAUAAAGCUUGAUAUUGUUCCUAUAAUGUAUAUUUGUAUAUGUAGAGUGUAGACCACAACAUAUGACCGCCUAAUUUAGAUAAAUCUCAUACAUUAUGUUGGAUGAAAACUUGAAAGCAAGGUCCUUUUCAGCCUAUGAAAAUUGCUAAAUGACUAAUUCAAUUCAAACAAACACAACAAUUCAUUAAUCCAUAUCAUUAUGAUAAAUUUUUGUUAGGUGAAUACUUCUAUACUAACCGUAAGAUAAUUCAUUAAUCCAUAUCAUUAGUUGCAUGUAUUUAUGUUAAGGGUCAACUAUAAGUCUAUAACUAUGUGUUGAUUGUUAUGUUUUAUUCAUUUUAUAAAUUGUGAAUUGAUAAAUUAACCAAAAUUUUUCUCACUUGAUGAUAAUAUGAUUUUAUAUUGGUUAAUCUGGUUCAACCGAUUAACCAAACCGAUUAAACUUUAGUUUGGUUAAUUUGGUUGUUGUAUUAGUUUGGACGGUUUGGUUAUGAUAUUGCAUUCUAUGGUUAAUGAAAUUUAGUCUUAUUUAGUUUGGUAAUAACCACGGUAACCAUUUGAACACCCCUACUAGAAUCUCAAUCUUGAGUAGAACGGCACCGUGUCACCUGGUUCCACGGAUAGCCAGUUAGCCACGUUGUUCAAACCCUAGUAUAGUAUGCAACCAGUAACCACUCCUCCACUGCAUUGCUCCACUCCAGCAGUGAACUUCCCGCAUAUCCCCAACCUUACGAGUUACGCCAAGCGUCACAACUCGGCCGAGUUUGAGGUUCCUCUUGUUCAAUUCGUUUCCCCCAAUGGCCGAGUUAUCGGCUGAGGUUGCAACCGACAUCCACGAUGCACCACCUGAACUUCCUCCCGCGCUGCCGUCCAACGGCGGAGGAGCUCCCACACCAGCUGCUGCGACGCCCGAGGAGUUAGCGGCCAAAGGAGUUGCUCCGGUAAAAGCCGAAUUCCUGUGUCCUCCUCCUUCCAGAACCUCACAAACUGCUGCUGAUAACUCGGCGUCGGCCGCCGCGAGGGCUCCUCAGUCCGGCGUGUUGAAGCAGGCGAAGUCGAAACGCCAAUUUAAGCGCGACCGGCAGCAGGAGCAAAAGACGUCUCAUCUCUGCCCAGUGAUAGCGAAGAGUGGAGAUGUUAGUUCUUGCAAGUUCGGCGAUGGCUGCCGAUUCAGCCAUGACUUGGAGGGUUUCAAGGCUCAGAGACCGGAUGAUCUGGAUGGAGAAUGUCCUUUCAUAAGCGACGAAGGGAGGUGCCCUUAUGGCCUGGCGUGUAGGUUUUAUGGCACGCACAAGGAAGUUGUUGCUGGUGAUAGUAGCUUGAUUGUACCCAAGAAGAAUUUCUCCGAGACAAAUGAAUUGACCAAGGAUGUUCAAAGACUUUUGUGGAAGAACAAUAUGAAGUUUCCUAAAGCAGAUGCCAAACUGAAAGCUCUUGGCCUCAUGGGACCCGGUGUGAAAGGGAAAAAGCCGGAUAUGGAGGAAGGUAGUGAGUGUGCUGUCAGUAAUCACGAGGCAAAUGAGAAUGGUUGCAGUAAUGGGGUUGAUACGAAAGCUGACAACCUGAAUGGCGCUGGAGAAGUGGCUCCACAAGAGAAUAACGUGGUAGAUGAACUCAGACCAUCAAAGAAAGCAAAACCAGAUGUGGCUGAGCAAGGAUCAAAUAGUCCGGGAAAGGAAGUUGAUCAAAGUAUCCUGGAUAAGCAGCCAGAGGCUGCAAGUGAAGAUCAUCUAUCUGUAGAGACAGACGGAAGUUUGAAAUCACACCCACGUGAAAGAAAGCUCAUCGACUUUAGAGGAAAGCUAUAUCUUGCACCAUUGACUACUGUUGGAAAUCUUCCCUUCAGAAGGCUUUGCAAAGCAUUGGGAGCUGACAUUACUUGUGGUGAAAUGGCAAUGUGCACAAAUCUGUUGCAGGGUCAAGCUGCGGAAUGGGCAUUGUUGAGACGCCAUUCAUCUGAGGAUCUAUUUGGUGUACAAAUUUGUGGUGCAUAUGCAGAUACAGUAGCACGUGCUGUUGAGCUCAUAGACCGAGAAUGUACCGUGGACUUCAUUGAUAUAAACAUGGGCUGCCCCAUCGAACUUGUUGUCAGCAAAGGUGCUGGCUCUGCUCUCCUCAAUAAGCCAACCCGUAUGAAAGGCAUUAUAGAAGCUGCGAGUAGCACAGUAGAAACACCCAUCACCGUGAAGGUUAGAACUGGAUACCUUGAGGGAAAAAACAAGGUCGACUCUUUAAUUGCUGAUAUUGGAAACUGGGGAGCCACUGCCAUUACGGUUCAUGGUCGAACAAGACAGCAACGUUACAGCAAAUCUGCAGACUGGGAUUACAUAUACCAAUGUGCUAGAAACGCCCCCGAAUCACUGCAAGUGCUCGGAAAUGGAGAUAUAUCUGCAUACACUGAUUGGAGCGUCCACAAAGCUAGCUGCCCCGAACUCUCUUCCUGCAUGAUAGGCAGAGGUGCACUGACCAAGCCAUGGAUAUUCACUGAAAUCAAAGAACAGAGGCACUGGGACAUCAGCUCUGGAGAACGACUCGAUAUCUUGAAGGAUUAUGUCCGGUUUGGCCUUCAGCAUUGGGGAUCGGACACAAAGGGAGUGGAAACGACUAGGCAUUUCCUGCUGGAAUGGCUGAGCUAUACAUUCAGAUAUAUACCGGUCGGUCUUCUGGAGAUCCUUCCACAGCGGCUAAACUGGCGACCACCCUCUUAUUUUGGACGCAACGAUCUCGAGACGCUCAUGGCCUCUGAAUCUGCAGCUGAUUGGAUUCGAAUCUCUGAAAUGCUGCUUGGCAAAGUUCCGACUGGCUUUACGUUCUCACCCAAACACAAAUCAAACUCCUACGACCGAGCGGAGAAUGGCUAAUGGCUGCUUCCGUGCCUCAGGAAGUUUCAUUACUUGUAUAACAAGCUACUGCCGAUCCCCCCAGAACUGGGAACUUCACUUGAAUGUUAUAGCCACAGAUUUUACAGUACUGCUAUUAGCUAUCAUCAGAAUUUCCAGAAGAGAUGUGAUUGGCCAACUUAUCCUAUUGUUCUCUUCGUCCGAUUUUGCCAAUUUUUGCUAAACGAAACCUCGAGGCUAAUCUACAAUCAUGAUAGCCGAAGUUUAUCUAUGCUUUGAUGCCUGUUACACAACUGAGCAAUUUGGCACAACCGUACGCGUUGCUAUCCUCGAAAUUAAGGCGUAAAACUUUC